AUGAUGCUGAGCCCGGACCAGGCCGUGGACUCGGACCACCCGUCCUCAUCGUCAGCGCCGUCCGACCCGGAGUCCCUGGAGGCCAAGGGGCUGCGGAGCUGCUGCGCCUCAGACCUGGAGGCGCCCGACGGCGAGAGGGGGCGCCCGGCGCCGCCGCACCCACAGCAGCCGCUGAGCCGCGAGGAGAAACGCCGCCGCCGGAGGGCCACCGCCAAGUACCGCUCGGCCCACGCCACGCGGGAGCGCAUCCGCGUCGAGGCCUUCAACCUGGCCUUCGCCGAGCUGCGCAAGCUGCUGCCCACGCUGCCGCCCGACAAGAAGCUCUCCAAGAUCGAGAUCCUGCGCCUGGCCAUCUGCUACAUCUCCUAUCUCAACCACGUCCUCGACGUGUAG